UACUACUCAUCAAUAAAUCAACAGUGUGACAAAAAAAGGAAAUUAACAUCAGCAUCUUAAAGGAGUUGAGUCACCCUUUAAAAGGCGUCAGACAUGAAUCACUUCUCGUCCCUAUCACCUCUCCGCCUCCUCUCUGCCACCACCAUGUGACAUAAUGCAGAUAUGAAACUCCCUGAUCAUUCAUCAAGCAGAACACUGCUGUGCAGGGAACAGUCACAUCACAUGUGUUUGAGCAUCACUGAGACGAUGUGGAUUACUUUUUCUUUAGUCACGCUUGCGUGGUUUUCUACAGCCCAAGCUGGCGGCAACUGUGAACAUGUCUUUGAUGAAUGUCUAAAACAACAACAACAAGGUGGUGGCCCCUGGACCAGGUGCUAUGAGGACAGGAUUGGAAGCUGUAGGCAAAGUAGAAGCCAACAGAUCCCAAACUUCAUUCAUCGGAGGGUGAGCUGGUCUGAUAAGGUUGAAGCGAGUCCCACUCCUGAACACAGCGUUUACAUCCCAGCCUCGGCCCUCCAGAGAAGCAGGGGAUCUGUGUCUGACGAGGAGAUACUGCUGGUGGCCUCUGUGAUCAACAGCACUCAUUUCCAGUUGGCUCCCACUCGGUCAAAAGCAAGACUAUUCACACCACCAGACCGGCCUGUCCGCAGUGUUUUGGGGGGGUUAGUCCUGGCAGUGAGGGCAGGGAACCUUCCUGUCAAAAACCUCUCCCAACCCAUCAAAUUAACCUUCAAACACAACAAACAGGUGGGAAAUGGGGAAUGUGUGUUUUGGCAGGAGUCAACGCUUAAUGAUGGAGGUAGCUGGAGCACAGAGGGCUGUGAUACCGAUGACACCGGAGCUGAAUUUAUUUGCAGCUGCAACCACAUGAGCUUCUUUGCUGUGCUUGUGAACCCUGUGUUAUCAGUGGGAGAAAGUGAUGCUGUGAACCUGAGUUAUAUCACCUACAUUGGCUCAGCACUCUCCAUCUUCUUCACAGUCAUCAGCUUGAUCCUCUAUAUAUGUCUACAACGUCGGCGUCCGGAGAAGGCUAUCGGGGUGCAUUUGCAACUAACAGGAGCGCUGCUCUGCCUCCAUCUCACCUUCCUGCUGUGCAGCUUCUGGGUGUGGCAUCUGAAUGAGAAUGAGGAGGGCUGGGUUUGCCGGGGUCUGGGUCUCUUUUUACACUGGUCCCUGCUGGCCACCUUCAGCUGGGCGGCUCUGGAAGGCUUCCACCUCUACCUUCUCUUAGUCCGAGUCUUCAACAUCUACGUCAGGAGAUACCUGCUAAAGCUCAGCGUGGUGGGAUGGGGUGUUCCAACACUGGUUGCAGUGGUUUGUGGGAUUUCAGGUGUUUAUGGCAAAUACAGUCCGAGGAAUGCCGACAACCAGACUUCAUCAGCACAGAUAUGCUGGAUGAGCAGCCAGUUCCCACAGAGGCUCCUGGUCAGCUUCAUCACUACCGUGGCCGUCCCAUGUGUGCUGAUGAUACUGUGUAAUUCCUGCAUGCUGGGGCUGGUGGUGUUUAAGCUCUGGGGGCUACGGGCAGGUAGUGGAGGCGCUGAAAGCAGUGGCUGGAAGAAGAUAAACAGGGAGAAAGGGAUGAAGUUAUUGAAAGACUGUGCCAAAGUGCUGGGCCUCAGCUGUGUGCUGGGCUUACCUUGGGGGUUAGCGAGCAUCACCUACAUCUCCCUCCCUGGGAUCUACAUAUUCACUAUACUAAACUCCCUGCAGGGUGUAUUUAUGUUCCUGUGGUCUGUGGCUUUGACCUGCAAGUCUCGGUCUGACAAUAACUCCUCAACCAGAGACCCUUCUUCUCAGAAAAUAAUGACCACCAGUUUCAACAACUGAUGUUCACAACUACAACAGAUGUAUUAUCUACUGCCUAUAUUAGGUGUUCCUUUGGAGUCCAGUUAUGUGCAGUUAAAUGAUAACAUUACUUAAUCAGCUCAUGUCUCAUCAUGUCUUGCAACUUCUUGAAAUCAAGAUGGCAGACACACAUGCAUCAUGAACAGUAACUGCUUCUAAUUAUUUAUUGUUGCUACAAUUAUGAUCCGUAUUGUUGCAGUAAUGUCAUGCAUAAUCAGAAAUGGACAGGCAGAGAUUAUGAAAAAAAAAAUUCUCUAAUUGUCUUUUCAGCAGUUAGUGUUUUAAUAUAUGAUCAUAAAGACAACUUUGUUAAAAGGAAAACUGUGUAGGAAUUUCUCCCAUCUAGCGGUGAAAUUGUAUUUUAGUGCUCUCUAGCGUCUUGCUUUUUCAAAUGUGUGUUGCAACUACAGUAGCUGUUAUGUACCAAGAAGCUAUUAUUCCCUUUUCUCCUUCUCCUGAUUCCUUCUAUAAAGUGCAGUGCACGCUUUCAUCUCCUCCGUUUCAGCUGGUUUCAGUCACGUGAUGCUCUCAACCAAAACGUGUUGUGGAUUAGCUAGACAGGUAUGAUAGUGCUUUAUUUAUAUAAAAAGUCUGGUGGCUUUGAAGAGAGCACAUGGGUUAAGGUGUCCAUUCUCAGGAAUUAAUGUCCAAUUAGAGUCCAUUAAUGACCUUAUAAUGGACACACUGAAGAGCAUUAACAUGCUUUUUUAAGACCACUAAUUUAUAUUUGCAUGCGUUUUGCAAUCAAAAUAAGGUUUUUACAAUACGUCUGUUUUCUUGGUAACACCUGAGGGUUUGACUCAUACCUGGAACAUUCUUUCCCAUCCAGUACGCCUGAAGUAGUAACUGGAUGUGAUGAUGUCUAAAUGUGAAACAAAGUCAGUUCAGAGGGGCAGGGAAACUCUUUCAGCUUGUAUGUUAGCGCCAUCCUGUGGUGUUCAGAGAACGAGGCACUGAAGGACUACACAGUAAAUAAAGAUAUUAAGAUGGUUUUUC